AUGGAACACCAACAACAACAACAACAACAACAACAACGUAACAAGAAGAACAUCAUGGUAAUGAUGAUGCUUCGCGCAUCAUCGUUGUCUCGUACCAUGAUCAUGUUCUUCGUUCUCGUGUUGUUGAAUGUUCGUGUUGCCUCUUCUGCUGGGCCUUCUGAUAGCGAAACCCUCCUCAAGUUCAAGGAUUCCUUGAAGAACACGGAUGGAUUGACCAAUUGGAAAAGUUCGUCCAUUCCAUGCAACGGAGCAGUGUCGAAUUGGGUUGGAAUUCGUUGCGAUGGAAAGGGGAGAGUUUGGGGUCUGCAGCUUGAGAAAAUGGGGCUCAAUGGUGACAUCAAUGUGGACAUGCUCAAGGACCUGCCUGACUUACGAACCAUAAGCUUUAUGAAGAACAACUUUGAUGGUCCCAUGCCUGAUUUGAGGAAACUUACUGCCUUGAAAACUGUCUACUUGUCCGAUAACAAAUUCUCCGGGGCCAUUCCACCCGAUUGGUUCGGGGGAAUGUCUUCGUUGAAAAAGGUUCACUUGGCGAAUAAUCAGUUUACGGGGGAGAUUCCUAGGUCGUUGACAGGUUUGGACAAGCUGGUGGAGCUGAGUCUCGAAAAUAACAAAUUUAACGGCAAAAUACCAGAUUUUAGGCAGCCCGCCGGGUUCACAACCUUUAAUGUGUCUAACAACAAAUUGGAGGGUGAGAUCCCGGAAGGCCUUCGAAAGUUGGAUGCAAGCUCCUUUGCUGGUAAUGAAGAUCUAUGUGGAGGGACAUUAAAAGCUUGCCCCUCAAAGAAGCCCGCAACCUGGAGUAUCGUGGUGGUUGUGAUCAUUGUAAUAGUAGCACUCGCAGCCAUUGCUAUUGCAGCGUUCUUCAUCCUCAGACGCCGCAACAAAGCAUCUGAAUCAUCAAUAGAGGAUCCACCGCCAUCAACAGCAACUGUCCAGAACAGAUCAGUUCGAAACGAACCAGAGCAACAAGCAAGUGCUCCAGGCUCACCCGAAAAUUUGAAUGGGAGAGAAGUAAAUGGAAAGCAUAACAAGGCUGAUCAGAGCUUGAAGCUUUCCUUUGUGAGAGAUGACAGGGAGAGGUUUGAUAUGCAAGACUUGCUGAGAGCCUCGGCCGAGGUGUUGGGCAGUGGUUGUUUUGGGUCUUCUUACAAGGCUGCUUUGCUGAGUGGACCAGUGAUGGUUGUGAAGAGGUAUAAGCAGAUGAACAAUGUAGGAAAAGAGGAGUUCCAAGAGCAUAUGAGAAGGAUAGGGAGAUUGGCACAUCCUAAUUUGCUUCCACUUGUGGCUUAUUAUUAUAAGAAGGAAGAGAAGCUCUUGAUUUCUGACCAUGUUCAAAAGGGUAGCUUGGCUGUUCAUCUUCAUGGACACCAAACCGUAGGCCAACCAAGCUUAGACUGGCAAACCCGUUUGAAGAUUGUCAAAGGAGUAGCCCAGGGCUUACGAUAUCUAUACCAUGAGCUUCCCAGCCUAGUUGCAUCACACGGCCAUCUCAAAUCCUCAAAUGUCCUUCUCAACGAGUCCUACGAGCCCCUCCUCACUGACUACGGCCUCAUCCCGGUGGUGAACCAAGAGCAUGCUCACACCCUCAUGGUGGCCUACAAGUCCCCAGAGUACAUGCAAAGCAAGCGCAUCACGAAGAAGACUGACGUGUGGAGCUUCGGUGUGCUGAUCUUGGAGAUCUUAACUGGGAAGUUGCCCACCAACUUUUUGCAGCAUGGGAAGGGAAGUGAGGAGGACUUGGCGAGCUGGGUCAACUCGGUGCCUCAGGACGAGUGGUUCAGUCAGGUGUUUGAUAGAGAUAUGGGGGCAGGCAAGAAUAGUGAGGGGGAGAUGCUCAAGCUCUUGAACAUUGGGUUGGGUUGUUGUGAAGGGGAGGUGGAGAAGAGAUGGGAUUUGAAAGAGGUUGUGGAGAGGAUUGAAGAGGUGAAAGAGAGAGAUAACAAUCAUGGCGAUGAAGAUUUUUUAUCUUCUUGUGCUAGCGAAGGCGACAUGACGAAGAUACUUGGUUGA